AUGGAUGAUACCAGAGCUAUGGGUGACUCGCACAAAGGCGAAACAGCAAGUGGAGCCGACUCCAGCGUGUUGGUAGACGUGAAACGGGUUUUGAGUGGGCAUGAGUCUGAUCUUGACAAGAAAAGUGAAAGUGGGAGGAGUGACAAGGUAAGCUUGGAACCUGAGGCUGUUGGGAUGGUUCACACGGAGAUUUUUGACCAGGACAACCCUUUUUCAGCGUCCCAAGGCCGCGCUGGGACCUAUGCCAGGGAACAGAGAUCAAUGGUCAACCCUAACAAGGCCUUCCAGGACAGCGAGGAUACUGAACCAUUGGUGGUUCGGCGAGGAAGUCACAGCAGUAGUUCGGGGAGCAUCGAGAUUAGCCCUGAUGAAGCUCAGGGCGUCCAGGCUAAGAGGCGAUCUGAAGACGAGGUUUACAUUUUGGAAGCCUCUAAGGCUUCCGAGGGCCAGGGACGCACGUACAUUGCCUAUACAAUCAAGCAUGGAGACUCUACGGUGAGACGCCGGUACAGCGAUUUUGAGAGCCUGCGAAAGAUACUCACGAAGCUUUUCCCGAUGACGUUGAUACCCCCAAUACCAGAAAAACAAUCGAUAACGAGUUUCGGAAGAGUGAUGGCUGGGUCCAAACCCAACUAUUUACUGCCAUCGGAGACUGCUGGAUCAGUGGACUUGUCGCUUUCGGUGAUAAAUGGUUCCGUGAACACCAAUGAUGAAAAGCUCAUCAGACACCGUAUAAGGAUGCUGACAAGUUUCCUCAAUCGCCUUCUGCGGAACGAAGAAAUUACCAAAACUUCCAUCGUGUCUGACUUUCUAGACCCGAAUAACGCUAACUGGAACGAUGUUAUCACUAGCUCGGCCACUAUAUCAUCAUUACCCAAGAGCGUUCUGUUGUGCAAUCCAUCAGACCCUACGAAUACCACCAGAGCCCAUGCAUUUUUGCCUAUUCCCUCGUCAUCACCCCAGCUACUGUUAAACAAAGAGAUACUGGCCUCCUCGGUGCCAGAGGAAGCAGAAGAUGGAUUCUCAAAAAUCGAACAAGAGUAUCGAAAGUACGAGAGCAUUAUGGAAAAUGGCUUUUACAAAUACAACAAACGAGUGACGAAAAAUCUGCAUGCUAUGCGCCAAGAUAUGAAAGAAUUGAGCGAGGCAUUUGCCGCGUUUUCAAAUGACCAAAAAAGAGGUGCUGAAUUGGCCGAACAGUUGUCCCAUUUUAGUAAUGCGUUCGAUGAGAGCUCCUUAGAACUUGAAUCGAUUGUCGGCAAGCUUUACUACAACAUCAAUGAGCCCUUGAGCGAAGAGGUACACAUGGCAGGGGCUGCUCAAGAGCUGUUGAGGUAUCGGAAACUGAAAUGCAUGCAAAAGAGCAUACUCGCCAGAACCCUUCUCUACCGCAAAGCUCAGUUAAAGAAGCUACAAGAGAAGGAAAACGACGCCAAGAAAAUUGACCACCUGGUCAAUCAGCAGAUGGCCCAGAGCGAAAGAAUCAACCUCAAGCAUCCCGAGACAAGGUCGUAUAGUGGUAAGUUCAUCAACAAGAUUAACAAGCUCGCCACCAUCGUGAAAGACACGGUAAGCUACCAGGAUGCUGAUCCAGCUACUGCCAUAGAAAACCUGGAAAAGGACAUUACGCAACUCGCAGAGUCGUUGGAAGUUAGCGAACAUGAUCUUCAAAUGAUAUCCGACACCAUCAGAGACUUUGAGCUGCCCAAGUUCUCUAAAAGCCGGAAUGAGGAGGUUUCGGAUAUUUUGAAGAAUUAUUCGCGGUAUCUGAAAUGCUAUGCAGAACGAAACCUGAGGAUAUGGCAGGAGGUAAAGGAGCGGCAAGGAACGUAG